AUGCUGCGCCAAUCUCUCAUCAACUCUUCAAGAGCGCUCAGCGCCACCGUCAGAAUCGCUUCCCAGACACCUCUUGCCAGGACGCAAUUCCGGAUAGCAGCGCCAUUGGCCUCCGUCAGGACAGCACAGCCCACCUUGUCAAGAUGGUACAGCGACGAGGCCAAGAAGGAGCCGGCCAAGGAUGCCGCCGAGGAGCAGGCUGCCGCUGAGGGCGCCGGUGCUGAGGAGGCCGCCAAGAAGGAGCUCGAGACGAAGAACAAGGAGGUUCUCGAGUGGAAGGACAAAUACCUCCGCUCCGUCGCCGACUUCAGGAACCUGCAGGACAGGACCUCGCGCGAGAUGAAGCAGGCCCGCGACUUCGCCAUCCAGAAGUUCGCCAAGGACCUCGUCGACAGCGUCGACAACCUCGACCGCGCCCUCGCCAUGGUCCCCGAGGAGAAGCUCAACGCCGAGGAGAAGACGGGCCACCUCCAGGACCUCGUCAGCCUGUACGACGGCCUCAAGAUGACCGAGAGCAUCCUCAUGCAGACCCUCAAGAAGCACGGCCUCGAGCGCUUCGACCCCGAGGGCGAGAAGUUCGACCCCAACGAGCACGAGGCCACCUUCAUGACCCCCAUGCAGGACAAGGAGAACAACACCGUCUUCCACGUCCAGCAGAAGGGCUUCAAGCUCAACGGUCGCGUCCUCAGAGCCGCCAAGGUUGGCGUCGUCAAGAACUAG